GAUCACCAUGGGGACAGGUAAAGUGUUUAAGAUCAUAUGUGCUGACCACCAGAACAACCUGCUGUUUUACUUCAUCGAUCACUACUGGACUGGAUAGUAAAGACUGUCGUUGAAGCCAAGAACUGACCAGAUGGACGUUGAGUGUCAGCGCUGGACCAACAACCAAUCCGAUGAGUGCCACUGUACUGACAACCAAUCAGAAGAGUGUGACUGGACGGACAACCAAUCGGAUGAAGUGGAGAGUUGCACCGAGGAGUUGGAGGAGUUCUUAUGCGAAAUCCAUGAGGGCUGUGCUACUGACCUCUACAGACAUCCUCAGCUGGACAUGGACAUAGAUUCGGUGAAGGCCAUCUACGCUGACACGGCUGUCUCCGUCAGAGAGCAUGGGUCCAUUGACGAUGUGGACGUUGACAUGCUAAUCAAUGUCAGCUUCCUGGAUGAUGAAGUAGCCAGGGCCUGGAAGAUCAUCCCAACAGAGCCUAUUAUUGUCCGGCUGCGCUUCUCUCUGUCCCAAUACCUGAAUGGGCCAGCACCCUCUGUGGAGGUGUUCCAACCUUCUAACAGAGAAGGAUUCAGCCUGGGACUACAGCUGCAGAAGGUCAUCUCUAGCUUUGUGUCCCAGCAGUGGAAGUACCUGAGUAAUGAAACCCUCACGGCCCAACAGAAGACCAGACAUACUUGGUUCAAACCUGGAGGAACCAUCAAGAGGUUCAGGGCUGGACUCAGCAUCCUCUCACCCAUGUCCAAGUCCAGUGGCCAGGAGCAUGUUCUGAAGGUGAAGAUGAUUGGACCGGAGCUGAAAGUGAAUCGCCUUAUGAAUCGGACAAUGGCUUACACCAUCAAGAACACCAGAGGAGAACUCCUCACGUACACAACUAAUGGCAAGAGGGUGGCGGUGUCUGCUGUCAAGUCUCCGGCUCACAUCACAACUAAACAGCUGAUUGAGCUGCUGUUCUCAUCCCAAGCCUUUACUCACUGCAAGUCAGCCCCCACCCUGCAACAUGGGUUCUUAGUACAGGUAAUGAAAUACGCAGAACGGAGGAUCCCCACUCUGAAUGAAUACUGUGUGGUCUGUGACGAACGACACGUCUUUCAAUACACCUCUAUGUUGAAGCCUGCAGUGUGUAGCAGGGAACUGUGCGUGUUUUCUUUCUACACCUUGGGAGUGAUGGCAGGAGCUGCAGAGGAGGUGUCGAAUGGAGCAGAGGUAGUGGACUUGUUGGUAGCCAUGUGCCGGGCAGCUCUGGAGUCCUCCCGAAAGAGCAUCAUCUUCGAGCCAUACCCCUCUGUGGUCGACCCACACAACCCCAAGUCUCUGGCCUUCAGUCCCAAGAAGAAGAGCUACGAUCGACUGCAGAAAGCUCUGGACAGCAUCAUGACCAUCAGGGAGAUGACCCAGGGUCCGUAUUCAUCAAUCAAGAAACAGAUGGACACCAUAGAUCCUCUUGCUCACCCUCUGCUGCAAUGGAUCACAUCAAGCAACAGAUCACAUAUUGUCAAGCUACCGCUGAACAGGCAACUGAAGUUCAUGCACACUCCACAUCAGUUCCUAUUGACCAGCAGCCCUCCUGCUAAAGAAGCACGCUUCCGGGUCGCUAGGAAACUAUAUGGCAGCACCUUCGCAUUCCAUGGUUCCCACAUAGAGAACUGGCAUUCUAUUCUGAGAAAUGGACUUGUCAACGCCUCAUGCACAAAACUGCAGCUGCAUGGUGCUGCGUAUGGGAAGGGUAUCUACCUGAGUCCUGUCUCUAGCGUCUCAUAUGGAUACUCAGGAAUGGGUAAAGGACAGCACCACGUGACCACCAAACAGGAGCUGGUCAAACGUUACAACCGCAUCAACACCAUACAACAGGAAAGACACGGCCAGUCCAGGUUUCUUCAGAGCAGGAAUUUAAACUGCAUCGCACUUUGUGAAGUGAUAACAUCAAAGGACCUUCAGAAACAUGGGGACACGUGGGUGUGUCCAAUAUCCGACCACGUCUGUACAAGAUUCUUCUUCGUGUAUGAGAAUGGCACGGUGGGAAAUGCCGACAUAAACACCCAGGACAUAAGGAUUGAGCAAGAGAUAAUACGGGUGAUUGGGACUAAGCCUAUCUGAGGAGGACAUAUGAGACAGAGCUUUAAGUACAGUAUGGCUGGAGACAGCUAUAUAUACAGUAUGGCUGGAGACAGCUAUAUAUACAGUAUGGCUGGAGACAGCUAUAUAUACAGUAUGGCUGGAGACAGCUAUAUAU